AUGUUUCAAUUUUUUUUAACAAUUUUUCCUCUUUUUUUUUCAUUAACAAAAACUUCACAUUUUCUCGGUGGUUCAUUUACUUAUCGACAUAUUCAACAAGCUAUUAAUUACAAAUUAUAUAAAUCAGUUUUAGUUGAAAUACGUUUUCAUAUAUCUGAUCAUUAUUUUAUUUGCACACCUGAACAAGUUAAUGAACACAUGAUUGUAUAUCUAAUAGGUGAAUCUGUUCCAUAUGAUGAAAUCAAUAAUAGAUAUCUAUGGUAUGAAACAGAUGCAAUACGAAGAAAUAAAUAUUUCUACAAUAUUGAGUGUUUGAGUGAAUCUCAUAAUCGUGCAUGUAAGCAUUUCCAUGAAAAAACUUGGGCCUAUUGUGAAAGUGCUAAUCAACAUAGUGGUUAUUCAAUAUUACGACGUCAAUUUUUAUUAAUGGUUGAAAAAUAUAAACCAAUUCAACUUCGUUACUUUUCUUGUUGUUGGGCAAAUUCAUCAGAUAAAAACUUUUAUCUUGAUUUAUCUAUUGAAACAACAUUAAAACGAAUUAAUUCAUCACCUUACCCAUAUAUACCAGCAUCGUAUUAUGUUGAUUUCAAUAGAUCAAGAAAAAUAAAAAUAUUUGUCUAUGAUGCUGACGAUGAUGAGAUUGUAUGCGAACAAUUUGAAGAUCUUCGUGGAUUUUUAACAGUACAUGUUGAUAAUGAUUGUACAUUGACUUAUCAAACAAAUCGACUUGGUAAACAAUUCGGUCAAUUUUGGUUAAUGGAUCGAAAUAAAAAUCAAAUUCUUUCACGCUCUUUAAUUAGUGUUCAAUUGUUUAUUUUAAAAGAUAUUAUUUGUAAUACCCAACCCGAAAUUAUCGUUGAAAGUGCAGGAGAUCGUUCUAAUAUGUCUACAAUUAGAAUAAAAGAAUCAGUUUAUAUAACUGUUAGUCUUAAUCCUAAUUGUCUUUUAAUUGAACCUCAAGAUCAAACAAUAACUGAACUAACAACAUUAUGUUCGAAUGAUCAACCAGUUGUUUUAGCUAAUGGUGGUAUUGAAGUUAUAUUUCAAUGUUCACCAACUUUAUGUGAAAAAUAUCAAGUAUGUUUCGUUGGUGAAUUCGGUCUUAAGUUACCAUCUACUGAAAUUCGAUGUUUUUCAAUUAAAGUCAUCGGUACUGAAUGA